GUGAUCUGUAUAGUUCCCUCUUUAAUAUCAUAUUUCUCUUUUUUUUUCUUAACAUGGAAGCAAGUUUUCUUUCCUUCUCAUUAUUUCUAUUCAUGUAUUUAUGUGUGUACUACUUCCGUUUCUCCUCCUACGUCAGUGGUGGAUGUACUGGUGGAUUUACUUACUUAAAAGUACCAAUGCAACAGUGUAAAAAUUCUCAUUUAAAAGUAAAACUGCAUUAGAACUCAGACUUAAAUAAAAGUACAGAUGCAGUGGCAGACUCAUGCCAUUUGAGGGGCAGGGGCCAAAUAAAGGGCGAGAAGUCUAUUUCUGGUGAAAACUAACUAUAACCGUUUUCUUCCUCUGAAAUGCAGUGGAAAAAAAAGAUAUGCUAAAAGACUGAGUACAAGUGCUUUGGAAUUCUAUUUAAGUACCGUUAAUGUCCUCAUUAGCUUCCCACCACUGCUGUGUAAUAAAUAUCCUUCCAGCCCUUUUGGCCUGUUCUUCAGGGUUUAUCUUACACUUGGUUGCUGCUUCCCCGGGAGCAUCAUCAUUGGUCCAAACACACAGAAGUUUCUCUCUGGUGGAGAGAGAGAGAGAGAGAGAGAGAGAGAGAGAGAGAGAGAGAGAGAGAGAGAGAGAAAGACCUCAAUUUGUUAUUGAAACUCGCUGUGAGCCCAGGAGGUGUUUGUGAAGAAACAAAAUCUGGACUCUGACAGUGAGGAUAUGGGAGUCACGCAUGGAAAGAAGAGAGAUGUGCAACAUUUUCCCAGCAGAAGCAAAACACACCUGAACGGGUCUGCCUCAGCAAUGCAGACACACCAAACUGAACAGCAAGAACGAUACUCAGAGCUUCAGGCUCCGACAGUACAGGGUGAAGAGGACAGCCGAAAUCUCAUCAGACCCCAAAAACCUCUCAAUCCUUUAACGGCCUCCAAGAGCCACCAGGAGCUCCACAGAGAACUGCGGCUGAGCCAUAAGAGGAGAGUGUCGCAAGAAGGAAAGAGUGAACUCCAGAGGGCUUUAGAAAAGAGAAAAUGGGAACAAAGGAUGAAGGCGAGCGGGGAUCAGGAAGAGCAAUCACCACUUCAUCAAGAGCUGCUGAAAAGACAACAGAGGCUAGAAAAGCUGGAGAGAGACAAAGAACAACAGCUAGAGGGGCCAGAGUUCCUCCGAGUCAAAGAGGGACUGAGAAGGACUGCAGUGGAUGCAGGAGAAAAAGUUCUACAGUUCUGAUUUGUGAUUGUAUGUUACAUGUAUUUUCUUUUUGACAGUCAACACAAUGGACUGUUAGGAAUAACAACAGGCGAUAUAAAGUCACUAUUGGUGUUUUUUAUUCAAACGAUUCCACUUGAGUAACAUCAUUAAGUCUAGAUGGCUGAGUUAUUUUGUGUAAACUGGAUGUGUCAUAUAUACAGUAGUUGUGUUACUAUUCUGUAACAUGUUUUUAUGUGUCUGCAGUGGCUCUUGCUACUGUUUUCAUAAUACUGAACAAGAUGCAUAUUUUUCUAUGUUGUAAGUUUAAUAAUGAGUUUUACUGCAUGGUUUUACAAUGUGUUUUUUGGUAUUCAGUUUUCCUUUCAUACGUCAUUGUUUUAUUCAGCCAUCUUAGGUGUUAACGUCAUCAAUAUACUGGUCAACAAUCCUUUGUCUGAGGUUCUAAGAGGGCACUAAUGAUGUGACUGAUGUUGACACAGAGAAUUAUCAUCAAUAUAAAAUUACUAUUACACUAACUAUUGUGUCCUUUGUAUGCCCUUUAAUAGUAUUUACAUUAAGCAUUCUUGAGCAACAUGAUAUUUUCUCAUGAUAAAUGAAUGCAUUUUCAGUGAUGAAACAUACUAAUAUUAUACAUAAUAUUCAUUUGAUUAUGAAAGAUAUGUUUUAACCGAGGAGAAGACUUCUUUAAUAAAAAAUAAUAGAACAAAUAAAUAUCUCAUAAAAUGAUAAUUAUAAGUAUACAAGUAUUGCAGAAGAAUUAAGCUGAUAUUUAUCUUUAAACCCUCUACAAACUGACGAAUCUAUAGUGAUGGCAACAAACACAUUUAUCAUAAGUUUAGAGGGGUGCUAUGUGGGUUGCAUCACAUUGCCUGUGUUCAUUGUUUUCAAUGUAUCUUUGAAAUCUCUGGUUUUGCAUAUUGCUCACCACCUGUAUCCAUCUGUUCCUCAAACCACACUGAAUAAUAAAGU